UAGUAGUUGGCGCUCUGUUUCGUGUCCGCCUCUCCCCACUUUCAGCCCCAUUUCCCUAAACAAAGCAUCCUCUGCUCUGCUCUUACAACGUUGUCUCUCUCUCUCUCUCUCUCUCUCUUUCCAGCUUCUUCUCCUUCAACCUCUCCGACAAACACUAACAGACCAGACAUGGCCUCUGCAUCCCCGAAAACAAUCCCCUGUCCUUCCCCUCCCUUUAUUAACUUCAGCACCCCCCCUAUCUCCGCCGGCUGGGCACGGUCUUUCCUCAGACCAACUAAACACGAAGGAACCAAGCUCAGGCUGAAACCGUCAAGAACGUUGGGCAGACCCUCCGUCUGUCUGACCCCGGAAAGCCCGACGAUCCCCUGCGGCAUCUCCGCCUCCGAGAGGCUCGCCCGCCUCGUGUCGGAGUUCCAGUCCCUGCCGGAGCCCAUCGACCGAGUCAAGCGGCUGCUGCACUACGCCGCGAUCCUCCCCGAGUUCGAGGAGUCGGCACGCGUCGAGUCGAACCGGGUCACGGGCUGCACGACUCAGGUGUGGCUCGACGUCGGGAUCCAUGACUCCUCCUCCUCAUGCUGUCGGGGGCGGAUGAGGUUCCGCGCGGAUAGUGAUUCCGAGAUCACGAAAGGGUUCUGCUCGUGCCUGAUCUGGGUGCUCGACGGGGCAGGGCCGGAGGAGGUCCUGGCGGUCCAGGCGGAGGACCUGGGCCCCAUGAACAUGGGCGUCGUGGCCCACUCUAGGGUGAACACGUGGCACAAUGUCCUCGUCGGUAUGCAGAGGAGGACAAAGGGGCUGCUUUUGACUGAAGGAAGGGAUGAUCAUGGGGAGGAAGGAGAAUGGGGAUCGAAAUGGAAGGCAUUCUGAAGCACAGGUUUGAAUUCGAUCUAUAUGACAGCUUCGAACUUGUUUACGACUUAUGCUAUCGCUGUCAAACCGAUCUUCCGAGUUUAUGAAGCUUCCAAAGAGUUAUCCGAGCUUGUUAUGCAUAGGAUGAAAGUUGCCAUGAACAAUAAUUGAGUUUUUAGUUCUCUAUUUGUAACGGGCGAUUCGUAUGUGCUGGAGAUACGCUGACGAGCACUGCACAAGGUUUCGAAGAGAAGCCGAGGACUCAUGAGUUGCAGAUACGCUCCGGGAUCGCGUGUAUGGUUUUUCUUCUCGAUCAAGCCGGUCCCAAGGACUUGAUCAGCCAGCAAGUAUUUGAUCGAAAUUCCAGCUGCUCAAGGUCUGUCUCGAGCGGUAACCUUCACCGGGACCGAUUCUCGUCUAGAGUAGGAAUAUUUGUCAUGUCUCUUGUUCUUGAACAUCAUCCCGCUCUUCUGUCAGCCAGAAGAAGAGGUCAUACAAGGUCUUAUUUAGAACAGAUUUAAGUUAAUUUUUAGCCAUUAUACACUGAAGUGGAGCUAAAGGAUACGCUGUAACGGUUAGAAUAGUACAACCGCGCCUUUUCCUUUGCCUCCCGACUAAAUAAUAUCGAUCAUGUUAUCUAA